UGCGCGCGGCAUUGCCCAGCCUGGGCCCUGGCACCGCCCGGCGCAGUCGGGUUCUCCUUGGGCGCCUGGAUCCUCGCCUCUGCUCCUCCGCCGCGCCCCGGACGGGCUGGUCGUCCGCAGCCAUGGAGGCUCUCGGGCCGGUGGAAGCCCGCAGUCCGCUCGAUUAGCGCCCCCGGCCCCCGUCGCCGUCGCCCCCGUCGCCGCCCGGGACGCGCGCCUGCAGCAUGGAGUCGCCCGCCUCCAGCCAGCCCGCAGGCAUACCCCAGGCCAAAGCAAAACCCAAGAGGAAGAAAGACUUACGGAUCUCCUGUGUGUCCAAGCCACCUGCACCCAACCCCACACCCCCUCGGAACCUGGACUCUCGGACUUUCAUCACCAUUGGAGAUCGGAACUUUGAGGUGGAGGCCGAUGACCUGGUGACCAUCUCGGAGCUGGGCCGCGGUGCCUAUGGGGUGGUGGAGAAGGUGCGGCAUGCCCAGAGCGGCACCAUCAUGGCUGUGAAGCGGAUCCGGGCCACUGUGAACUCCCAGGAGCAGAAGCGGCUGCUCAUGGACUUGGACAUCAACAUGCGCACUGUGGACUGUUUCUACACUGUCACGUUCUACGGGGCGCUCUUCAGAGAGGGAGAUGUGUGGAUCUGCAUGGAGCUCAUGGACACAUCGCUGGACAAGUUCUACCGCAAGGUGCUGGAGAAGAACAUGACGAUUCCAGAAGAUAUCCUGGGGGAGAUUGCUGUGUCUGUGGUACGGGCCCUGGAGCACCUACACAGCAAGCUGUCAGUAAUCCACAGAGACGUGAAGCCGUCCAACGUUCUUAUCAACAAGGAGGGCCACGUGAAGAUGUGUGACUUCGGCAUCAGUGGCUAUCUGGUGGACUCGGUGGCCAAGACGAUGGAUGCCGGCUGCAAGCCCUACAUGGCUCCUGAGAGGAUCAACCCUGAGUUGAACCAGAAGGGCUACAAUGUCAAAUCAGACGUCUGGAGUCUUGGCAUCACCAUGAUCGAGAUGGCCAUUCUACGCUUCCCCUAUGAGUCCUGGGGGACCCCGUUCCAGCAGCUGAAGCAAGUGGUAGAGGAGCCUUCUCCCCAGCUGCCGGCUGACCGCUUCUCCCCCGAGUUUGUGGACUUCACGGCACAGUGCCUGAGGAAGAACCCUGCAGAGCGCAUGAGCUACCUGGAGCUGAUGGAGCACCCCUUCUUCACCUUGCACAAAACUAAGAAGACGGAAAUCGCUGCCUUUGUGAAGGAGAUCCUGGGAGAGGACUCAUAGGGGCUGGGCCAGGAUCCUGCUGGGAUGCUGGGUGCCCGCAGCCCCCUGUGCCGGGGCAGUGCCCACCCACAGCCGAAAGCUGCUGCCAUCCAGCCCUCGGGAGAAAUCCGGGGGCUGCUCCUACCUGGCUGUGCAAGGCCAACCGUUGGGCACUCACGCCAAAGAACCAAGGCCUCUGGCCGCUGCCACCAAGCCCGUCUUGGCCCCAUCAGCGCCUCCAGUCCAGACCCUGGAUGUGGAGGUGUCAGAG